AUGAAUGAUGAAAUACAAGCUCUCACCAAAAACAAUACAUGGACAUUCACAUCUUUGCCACCACGUAAGAAAGCGAUAGGUUGUAAAUGGUUAUACAAGACUAAGUUUAAUUCAGAUGGCUCUAUUGAAAGACACAAUGUCAGGUUAGUUGCUCAAGGAUUUACACAAGUUGAAGGUAUAAAUUUUGUUGACGCUUAUUCCCCUACUGCAAAAUUAAUCAUUGUAAGAUUACUUUUAGCUUUAGCUUCUUCCUUAAAUCUUCAUCUUUUCCAGCUUGAUGUACAUAACGCAUUCCUCCAUGGGGAUUUGGAUGAAGAGUAUAGAAGGCAAUGGUUGGGAAUACUUUCUAAAGUUCUUUUAUCAAAUAACUUCAAACAAUGUGCUACUGAUCACUCGUUAUUCAUCCAUAAAUCCAAUGAAAUUUCACAACCUUAUUGA